GGAUGCUCCUCAUUGUUCUGCCGUCAAAAGAACAUCAGAAGCUUUCACAGCAGUGACUUAGCACUCAAAGGAAUCUAAAAUGGUGUCCAUGUGCCGCCAGAUGCUGGGCUUUGGCCUGGGCAGUUUUGGCUUCUUGGGUGUCAUCAUUAUUUGUGCCCUUCCCAUGUGGAGGGUAACAGCAUUCAUCGGAGCCAACAUUGUGACGGCGCAGAUCAUCUGGGAGGGCUUGUGGAUGAAUUGUGUCAUGCAGAGCACAGGUCAGAUGCAGUGUAAGAUCUAUGACUCCAUGCUGGCACUGCCCCAGGAUCUGCAGGCUGCCCGAGCUCUGACAAUCGUCUCCAUCAUCGUCUGUGUGUUCGCAAUGGUCCUGGGUGUCUCUGGAGGCAAGUGCACCAACUUUGUGGAAAAGGAGAUCACAAAGAUCAAGGUAGCCAUUGCUAGUGGCAUCACCUUCAUCAUUGCUGGAAUCCUGUGCCUCAUCCCAGUCUGCUGGUCCACCAACAUGAUCGUCCAGGAGUUCUACAACCCCAUCAUCACCAACCCUCAGAAGAGGGAGCUUGUUAAAAUGGCAUCGAUGGGGCUACAGAUACUGGGCUGCACACUUGCUCUAAUUGGCUACUUCGGCUUGAUCCUCACCUGCAGUCUGCCCUUGUGGCGAGUCACAGCCUUCAUCGGAAACAACAUUGUGACGACUGAGAUCUUCUGGGAGGGUAUCUGGAUGACCUGCGUUGUGCAGAGCACAGGCCAGAUGCAAUGCAAGGUGUACGAUUCCAUGCUCGCGCUAACUUCAGACCUGCAGGCUGCCCGUGCACUGGUGGUCAUCGCACUGCUGGUGGGCAUCGUUGGGAUCUUUCUGGCCUUUGCUGCUGGGAAGUGCACCAAAUUUAUUCCUGAGGGGAAUGGCAAACUGAGGGUAGCUGUGGCUGCUGGAGUUGUCCUAAUCGUUACAGGUAUCCUUUGCCUCAUUCCUGUGUCCUGGACAGCCCACAGUACCAUGAGAGAUUUCUACAACCCCUUACUGAUCGACGCCCAAAAGCGCGAGCUGGGGGCUUCAUUGUACAUCGGAUGGGGAGCUGGAUUUCUCUUGGUGCUAGGAGGGGGACUUCUCUGUAGUUCCUGCCCAACACAGCAUGAUCGUGCACCAUCCCUCAAGUACCAGUCGUUGAAGUCUAAAUUAUCAACAGGGAAUAAUUCAGUGCCCAGCCAUGUUGCAACUUCACAAAGGUCUGCCACGCCAACUAAGACCUACAUCUAAAAGCAUGUGAAUGACUUAUACAUAAGACAAUGUACAAAAUACUUAUUUUUUAUUUACAUCAUGUAUAUUUUAUGUUUGAAGUCUUUUUUGUCUUUUACAACUGUCCACUAUUAUUUCAAUUUCU